UACAUGUUUUCCGGUAUCCUCCCCUAACGUUAAAUAGCGCCGAAACAAAAUUAUCUUUUACAUUUUGGUGAAAUAUUCCACACAGUCAUGGCUACUACGAUGGGAAAGUCAUUCCGAGUUUAUCAUAAAGUUGGUCCACCAUAUUCCGUGAUUCUGGAGGCGAGAAAUAAACAAGAAACACUUCUUUUUGAGUCGGAGGCGGUCGCCGUGCUGAGCAUUGCUGAAACAGAAAGUUUGAGAAAGCAGUACCAGAAAAUGACGGAUGCUUACGGGUGUUUAGGUGCUCUCAGACUCAAUGUCGGUGAUGAAUCACCGGUGUUCUUAGUCCUAGUGACCGGAUGCUCUUCCGUAGGUAAGGUCCAGGAAUCAGAAAUCUUCCGCAUCACAUCCACCCUCUUCAUCUCGUUACGGAAUAACUCCAGCGAUGACGAGCGCGUCAGCGAAGUCCGCAAGCUCCUCAACUCGGGCACGUUCUACUUCUCGUGGUCGGCAUCGACGAAAUCGAGGUUCGAUCUCAGUCUGUGCGCCCAGAGGCAGAAACAAGAUCAUGUCACAGACAAUCGAUUUUUCUGGAAUCGAGCCUUACAUCUUUACCUGCAGCGGUUUGAUGUGAACUGCUCCGACUGGUUGCUGAAGACCAUGUGUGGAGGGGUGGAGGUGCGGACUGUCUACUGCGGUACCAGGCAAGCUAAGGCAUGUAUCAUCUCGAGGCUGAGCUGCGAGAGGGCUGGUACUCGGUUCAAUGUCAGGGGGACCAACGACGACGGCCAUGUCGCAAACUUCUGCGAAACAGAGCAGGUGAUAUUCCUUGAUAAUAAAGUCACAUCAUUCAUUCAGACGAGAGGGUCCGUACCAUUGUUCUGGGAGCAGCCGGGUAUACAGGUUGGAGUUCACAGGGUCAAGAUGUCACGAGGCUUUGAGGCAUCAGCCCCGGCUUUUGACCGUCAUCUAACCAUGUUGAAGGCUCACUACGGGGAUCAAGUCAUUGUCAACCUACUAGGACACAAAGAAGGGGAGGACAUGCUGAGUAAAUCAUUCCAGAAUCAUCUAAAAGCCUCAUCCCAUGUUCAAGAUACACCCCACAUACUGUUUGACUACCAUCAGAUGUGUAAAGGGAAAACCGAUAACCUCCACCUCCUCAAGAAAAAGGUGGCCGCGGACGUUGACCGCUUCGGUUUCUUUUACAGCGAGGGAGAGGACGUCAUACGACAUCAGACAGGGACGAUCAGGACAAACUGCCUCGAUUGCUUAGACAGGACGAAUGCUGUACAGACCUUCUUCGGACAAGAUAUGCUGGCGAAGCAGUUAGAAGCUCUUGGUGUUACCAGCAAACCUCAGAUCAUGUCACGAUUCUUAGAAACAUACCGGACCAUAUGGGGUUUGAGUGGUGACCAUAUUAGCAGGAUAUACGCCGGUACAGGCGCGUUGGAAGGCAAAACAACGGCUGGUAAGCUCCGGGACGGUGCAAGAUCGGUGACGCGGACCAUACAGAACAACUUCUUUGAUGGCACAAAGCAAGAAUCUAUUGAUGUUCUUUUACUUGGAAGCUCAUUAGUAGGGACCCUGGCGGACAAGGCUAGCUCACUCUUACCGAGCAGUCAUUUACAUGCUUCACCGCACAUUCUGCAAGGUGUGUGCGAGAGGGAGGGGGACUUCACGUCGAGCUCGCGUUUCAGGAUAUGCGUCGGGACGUGGAACGUGAACGGAGGCAAGAACUCGCACAGCAUCGCGUUCAAGAACGAAUCUCUCGCCAACUGGCUUCUUGACAACCCACAGGUCGUAGAGGAAACGAAUCAAGGUUGUUCAGAGAUGGGCGUUGACUUCUCUGUUCCGAAUGACAUCUAUGCUAUUGGCUUUGAAGAAAUGGUUGAUCUGAAUGCUGGCAAUAUCAUUAGUGCAAGUACAACAAACCAAAGAAAAUGGGGAGUGGAUCUCCAAAAGACGUUAUCAAGAGAACACAAAUACGUUUUACUGGUGUGUGAACAGCUCGUCGGAGUGUGUCUCUACAUCUUCAUUCGACCUCAGCACGCACCGUUCAUCAGGGAUGUUGCCGUGGAUACGGUCAAGACUGGACUUAAGGGGGCAGCAGGCAAUAAAGGGGGCGUGGCAAUUCGAUUUGUCUUCCAUGGAACAUCUAUGUGCUUCGUAUGUGCUCAUCUAGCCGCAGGCCAGUCACAUAUCAAGGAUCGUAACGAUGAUUAUGCCGAGAUAAGCUCCAAGAUUAUGUUUCCUAUGGGCCGUACUCUGGAGAGCCAUGACUAUGUAUUCUGGUGUGGGGAUUUCAACUAUCGGAUUGAUAAGGACAACGAUGAAGUCAAAGAUCUAGUAGCCAUCCAUGACUAUGAAGCGCUCAAGGAAUGCGAUCAACUCUUGAUUGAGAAACGCAAUGGAAAUACUUUCCAAGGGUUUUCGGAAGGAACGAUACGCUUUGCACCGACCUACAAAUACGAUCUGUUUUCUGAUGAUUACGACACAAGUGAGAAGAUGAGAACGCCAGCCUGGACGGAUCGCAUUCUAUGGAGAAGACACAAACCAUUCUACUUCAAACAUAGCACAGAUAAUCCAUUUGAAGCUUUUCCUGAUAACUGGGAUCCUGGUCGUGUAUUGCACUAUGGUCGAGCUGAACUCAAGACCUCUGAUCACAGACCCGUGGUGGCCAUCAUCGAGGUCGAAGUCCAGUUGGUCGAUGAGGACACCCGGGAAUCAAUCUUCCAUGAUGUCUUCUGCCAGCAGGGCCCUCCCGACGCCACUGUCAUCCUCUCCCUCACUGACCACCAUGGCAACCAGGUAGCAUUUGCUGAAGAUGAUAUCGAUGAGGCGUUGGAGCUGACGGCGUCAGAAGGCGAUUCUAUACUCGUCAGGUUUGUUGGAUCUGACAUGCUGGUGACCUUCCGCCACGGACUCAGUGCUUUAUCCGCUCGGGAUAACCUUAACAAUCAUAGCAUUGGACAUAAGGUGCUCCAUGUGAAGCUGAAGAUGGAGGGGUGGUUGGAGCUGCUGGAGAAGGAGCUAGCUAUGUGUAGUCCGAACACGGAGAGACUUUUCAACCCGGUAUCCAGCAGUCUGCUCGGGGAGUCCUUUGAUGUGCCGUCUAUGAGCUUUGACUUAGAAGACGAAGACGAGAACGGUCAAGAAUUUGGAUCCCUCAAACCGGACCUCCCUGCCCCCCUCCUACCAACCUUGGGUGGGUCAAGAUCGGGCACCCCUUCGCCCACGGUAGAACUCCAGGAGGGCCCAGAUCGGCCCAAGAGACCGCCCCGGCCUGCUAGGCCAGGCAGACCCCCUCCAAGGGGAGGGAAUGUGGAAGAGGUUCAGGCGGAGACUGAAGCCAAAGUUGCAUCCCAGAAACGCAUACCUCCCGCGAGACCUGGUCCCCCGACGCGCCCUGCUAGACCCAAUGCGCCUCCCUCAAGACCCCAGGCUCCACCGGUAGAGGAGAGCAAGAAGAAAACCGAUGCCCCUCUAGUCAGGCAUCCCUCCAUUAUCAGUGAUCCUUACAAAGUGAGUCACACCAUGCAUGCAGAGAACCAUGAUGACGCUGUCAGACUUCUCCAGGAGAUUGGUACCAAUGUACCCCCAACCCUUUCCACCCCACCACCCGAUGCCACUAAGGUACCAACAGUGGCGCCACGAUCCUCUGCCAGUUUGAAAAGAACUACCCGUAGUGUGAACAACCUUGAUAGAAAUCGUAGUGAUAGUAGUGUACCUACACCCCUUGCCAACCCGUCUCCCUCUACCACCCAGGUACCAGUGGUGGCACCACGAUCUUCUGGUUCCUUGAAAAGGAAUACAAGUGGUGCCACAAUUGAUAAAUACAAUGAUAAUGCAGUUCUGCAGGAUGGAAAUGUGAGGUUAACUAACAGUGACAAGGUACCGUCAGUGGCACCGCGUCGUCCGGUGGCUAGACCCAGGAGUACAAUAAUCCCAGACUCUAAUUCCUUUGUCCAUCAGGAACCACAAUCUGAUCGACCAAAGGCUGAGGUACCACCUACCAGAGGCCCUUUACCAGCAAGCAGGCCUCCACCAAGACCAGCACCACCUGUGAUAGAAGGUUCAUCAGGAACACCAGCUGUGUUGUCAAUAGCACCGCCAGUACCUGCAAGUCGACCGCAAAGAUCAAGUGGUACGGAAGUAGAGGCACCGGCAGGCAUUCAAUCGGUACCUGACAGAAUGCCCUACGUACCACCAAGACCAUCGGCACCUCCUCGAUCUGCCAACAAUGGUGCCUUCACGGAAGUCCCAUUAGAUCAGGACUCCAUGAACACCAAUGGCACAGCACCUCAAAAUACUGCACCGCCUGUACCACGAUCCCGCCCAGCGAGACCUCCCCAGAGACCAGUUGAACCGGAGGAUAAUUCCUAUCUUGAUGCCAUGAUGAUCGAAACAGACUCCACAGACAAUUUCAUUAAUGAGCGAUUUGGAGAGUCUAAUGCUCCACCUUCUUUCAGUCCCCCUGAUCUCCCAUCGCCACAGGAGGUUGACACUGGUCCUCCGAUGGCACCACCACCAGUACCUCGCAACCGACCAAGACCUACCCCUGGUGCAAUUGUUCCACCACAGGUACCAUCAAGGCCAAGUAUUAGAUAGGAUAUAGUAUAUAUCAAUACAUGUUGUUUUGUAGCUGUUGUCUAUGUGAUUCCAGUGUUGAAUAUAGAAAUUAUUGCAAUAUUAUAUAUUUAAAUAAAUGUACAUGUAUGUUCACAGCCUCUAUCAUAACUUAUAUAUCAUAGUAUGUCUAAAUUUUAUUGUAUAUUAGGAUAACCUGAUUUUAACAAAUAUAUUAUGUACAAUGAUUGUAUGCAUAUUUUUUUAUCAGCAUCCGAUAUUUCAUGAUGAAUUCAAUAUACUAAAAUCAAUGAAAAGAAAGUUCCAAAGUCAGAUAUUGGCCUCGUCUUACAAAGAGUUGCGAUUGAUCUGAUAAACCACGAAUAUCGAAAGCGAGCAACAUCAAUGCAUGUUCAAAAUAUUUUCUAGACAUGAUCUCUUGACUCUGUAUUUACUCAUCUAUUGUGUUCUUGAAAGUUCUGUGUGCUUUUUUAUUUUUUACAUAGGACAUUGUGCAAACUUCCCUUAAAAAAAAAUAAUGACGUUGAUUGAUUUCCAUACAGUUGAGGUUGAACUGAUCAAUCGUAACUCUUUUUGUAAGACAGGGCCCCGUCCUUGUCCAAUACAUUGUAAAGCUAUAUAAUGUUUAGGUUCUAAAACUACCUUUAAUACUUUCAGUGGAAUUAAGGUAAAAGAGUACUCCAGGCUAUAUUGUUGGAGUUCUUGUACUUUUUUUCAGUGGAAUGUUACGAGGCAAGAAAGAUAUUGACAUUGAUCAGCAUUAUGAGUAUGCUUAUUUCAGAAUUACACACACACACACAAAAGUUUCGAAUAAAAGUAGAAAUUGUGAAAAACAUUCUCAUUUGAAUUAUAUUUUCACUAAACUGAUGAUAUGUAACAUUCCUUGUGAUAUUUAUUCAAAUAUUUUGUAAAGUGAAUUUCAUGAAACUUUAGUGGCAAUCCAAAUAUACAUGUAGUAGUUUUUGUAGUAAUGAUCUUAAAUAUUGUAUUCCAGUUAAUAGGUUUUUGUCCCUCAGGAUAAAAAAAAUUGCAUAACCAGGCUGGGCUUUUUUUGGUGUUAAAAAAAAUUGAGGAAGGUUUGGAUGAACCCCCCUCCACCCGCGAGAUUUUGGCUGCUGAUUGCGUGAACGCCGUGAAAUAUUUGCUUGAUAAUAGCGUGGGAUGUAAUCUACAAGGCUGUAUUUUUAUUAAAAGGAAAAUGAAACCUUUGGAACAAGUGGGUUUGUGUGAAAACCGAAAAGUAGAAACAUAUCAACCAAAGUUUAAGAAAAAUCUGACAAUGAGAAAUUUAUGAGCAUUUGAAUAUUGCGGUCACUAAUGCUAUGGAGAUCCUCCCAUUGGCAAUGUGACAAAGAUGUGUGGUGUCACUUAUGAACAACACUCCCAUUUUGUAUAUAUUUCACGUAAUCUGCCCCUUUUAUCACAUCUGUCAGUAGAUCGUGUAUUCUUCCUACAGAGGGGCAUCUAAUAUGGAUUUUCAAAGAAUACAUUAUGGUUUAUUUCACCAUAUGACAGCAAAAAGAGACAUUUCGGGGAUAUUUCAUAGUCCAUCAAAUAGAAAGUUGUUCACAUGUGACAUCACACAUCUUUGUUGCAUUGCCAAUGGUAGGAUCUCUAUAGCAUUAGUGAUCGCAAAAUUCAAGUGCUUAUAACUUUAUCAUUACUUGUCCGAUUGUUCCAAACUUUCUGUUCACAUUAUUUGAUUUUUCUAUUUCCACACAAGCCCACUUGUUCCAAAGGUUUUAUUCCCCUUUGAUUUUACUAAGAUAGAUACGUGCAAAAUUCAUACUUUUUGCUCUAAUUCACUAAAAAAUGCUAGAAUGCUAUUUUUGUGUAAAUAUUUUUUAUACCAUUGC